AUGCUAUUUCGGGUCCCGUUGUUAUUGAUCCAGGCCGUGGCCACGUCGUUCGUGAUUUGGAUAUGUCUAUCCACUGCCCUUCCUCAGAUCACUGAGCGGUACAAAAGUGGAAAAAGUUUCGUCAAUGAACCGGAAUAUCCAUAUAUACCUGUGGGGCCGCGGAGUACCAUCAACAAUUCCGAGAUUUAUUUCAUCAUUGCACAUCCAGACGACGAAGUAAUGUUCUUUCUGCCUUCGUUGCUUGAAUUGAGUCGUCCAGCCCACCAUAACAAUGUCCAUUUGUUGUGUCUUUCCACCGGAAAUGCCGCACAUCCUAGCAUGGGUCCGAUUCGGAGUAAUGAAUUGCGACGGUCGGCUCUGAUAUUGGGUCUCCCAGCUUCCAAUGUGGUUAUUACAGACCUGUUCAAGGACGGGAUGAACGAAAUCUGGGAUCCAGCAGCCAUAGAGACGGUUUUAAAGAAACAUGUAAAAUCGAAUAAUGCGAAAAUUGUCACUUUUGAUGAAGACGGCAUUUCGGGCCACGCAAACCACAUUAGCCUUUUCCGUGGCGUCAGCCGGUUUGCCAAGAACCAUAAUAAACAAGGUAUGGAGCUUUAUGUGCUCAAAAGUGUCAACUUUCUUGAAAAAUAUUCGUUCACCAUGCUCACCAAUAUCGAGCUCAUCUUUCACCACCUCUCAAAGCUGAUCAUUGGUAAGGUAUUCAACGUCAGCGUGAACAUCAGCGUUUUCAAGCUGACGAUUGGCAAGAAGUCGCUUCAAUUCUACUCCGAUUUGAACAUGCUUAGCGUGAGCUACGCAGCCAUGGCUUACGGCCACUAUUCACAGAUGGUGUGGUUUAGGUACGGCUGGCUUAUAUUCUCCCGCUACUUGAACCACAAUCAGUUGAUCCAAGUAGAAUAA